GAAUAGUUGGACAGCCAUUACUGUGUCGUGGCUCUUGUAACAAAACACGAAGAAAGAGAGGAAGGCGUACAUUGGGGGUUUUGUUUUGACUUAGGGGACCAAUUUUCAUGGUUUUAAGAAUAAAUACAUCAAGUCAAUUCAUCUACACGUAGAUAACGGGAUUCAACAGCUCCGGAUAUGUCCUUCAUAUUUGACUGGAUUUAUAGUGGUUUCAGUAGCGUAUUACAGUUUCUAGGACUGUACAAGAAAUCGGGCAAGUUAGUGUUCCUGGGCUUGGACAAUGCGGGCAAGACGACGUUACUGCACAUGCUCAAAGAUGACAGAUUGGGACAGCACGUUCCAACUUUACAUCCAACGUCGGAGGAGCUGACGAUCGCCGGCAUGACUUUCACCACUUUUGACCUUGGAGGCCAUGCACAAGCUCGCAGAGUGUGGAAAAACUACCUCCCAGCCAUCAAUGGCAUCGUGUUCCUCGUGGAUUGUGCAGACCUCCCGAGAUUGAUGGAGUCCAAAACAGAACUUGACGCACUAAUGACAGACGAGACCAUUGGAAACGUGCCUAUCCUGAUCCUGGGCAACAAGAUUGACAGACCAGAAGCCAUCAGCGAGGAGAAGCUUAGGGAGCUGUUUGGCUUGUAUGGACAGACAACGGGCAAGGGCAGCACUCCCAUGAAGGAGCUGAACACGAGGCCUCUGGAGGUGUUCAUGUGCAGCGUGAAGAUGAGGCAGGGCUACGGAGAGGGCUUCCGCUGGCUCUCCCAGUACAUCGACUAAACAGCAGCCCAGUCAGACCUUCCAUGUGGGGGGGGAGCUCCACCCAGGCCUGCUGCCCCCCUCCUCCCACCACCAUACUCAGCCCCAUGUUUGGUUAUAAAAGUCGCUAUCAGAAAAACAAAACAAAAAAAAACAUCAGUACAACUCGAACCCAAUAGACUUUUAUUGGUCGAACAUUUGGUUAUACGCCAUCUGUCUCUCUCUUUAUCUUUCUCCCUCCUUCAUCUCAUGAUUCUGCUGAGAUGUUACCAUUCCAACGGAUGAUUUUGUGUUUUUUUUUUGUUUUCCCCUCCAUCUUGUGUGCCCCCCUCCCCCCCAUCUGCCUUCAUGACAUGUUGUUGUGACCAACGCAUUCUAAACUGUAAAUCUGUACAUGACUCUAAAGGUAUAAACCCAACUGUUUUUCC